AUGGAAGAAAGUUCCGGCGUUCCUGAGAGCAAACACUCCCGAGAAAGUUAUGUUGAGGGUAUGGAUCCCCAACUACCUGCGGACGUGCUUUCCCAGGAAAUCACCGAGACAGUGAAUGUCUUGGUGAAUGACGGAUCAAGUGUAGGCGCUUAUACACUUGAUCUGGUUGCACCCCCGAAGUCAGCUUCAAAGGUAGUCAAGUUGCCAACGCUAGAAUCUAAAAGAUUCGUGCGAGAUCUGCGAAGUGACAAGAUCAAGCAGAUCUGCAUUCUCGUCACAGAGGACGAGUUCGUCGCCGUUAUUCGGUCGGCCCAAGUGUUUGCUGAGAACGAACGGGUUCUCAGUAGCUCAUCGAUGAGCGAGAGUGUCCUCGAUGAGAAGACUCGAAUUGAGCUAUACACGUCUCAAUCUUGGGAGUCUUUGAAGACAAAUUCUUUGUACAAGGAUUUGGAUGAAUUCAAGGAUGUUUUCCCGGAAUCCGUGCCAUGCGAGCUGCCCAAGGACAAAGGCACUCGGCAUGAGAUCGAACUGAAACCUGGGUCAAAAUACUGUGUCAUGAAGCAGUGGCCACUGCCUCGUGAACAGGUCACAUCGAUCGACAAAUUCUUUGCUGAUCGCUUAGGCUGGUCAUGUGAGGGAAUCAGCAUCCCCACACAGCUCUCCUACCUUCUGUGUGCAAAAAGCCACAGGAGGGUGGCGGAUAGUGCACGCAUUCAUCAAACUGAAUGCUACAACAGUACCAGCUUGGACGCCGAUACAGAGAAAGGACGUCAUCAUUGA